AUGAGUCAACCACAAAUCCCAUCAUCAUCCGACAUGCUCCUCCACACUCAAUCCCUUCAAUUCAUGCUUCCACCAAAGCCUCUCAUCAUUGAAAAAUUAAAAGAUUGGAUCCGAGAGGAUAUUCCAGCAUUUGAUGUGAGUGCAGCCAUUGUCGGAGAUUCUCAUCAACGUUCCACCAUCUUUUACAAGAUGAAGAAGAGUAGUAGUAAUAAUCCUACUUCGGUGAUUGUGUGCGGAAUUCCAAUUUUAACUCUCUUGUUUGAAGAAUGUUUUUCAGGGCUUACAGUGAAAUGGCUUGUUCGAGAAGGUGACAAUUUGAAUGAUGAUCAAUUGGUGACACAUUUAAUAAGUGAAUAUGGAAAGACUCUCAAAUAUCCUUCACAAAGUCAAUGUGAAAAAACUAAAAUACCAAUUGCAGUCGUCGAUGGCCCAGUGUAUCAAUUACUUCAAGUCGAAAGAUUAUGCUUAAAUAUUUUGAGUCAUCUCUGUGGUGUUGCCUCCAUAUGCCAUCGAGUCAAUGAAUUAAGAAUUGAAGAAACUUCUGAAAAGAAAGGAGGUAAAUUUAGAGGUGAAAUUGCAGCGACAAGAAAAACAACUCCUGGCCUUCGACAUUUUGAAAAGUAUGCAGUUCUGGUUGGAGGAUGCAAGCCACACCGAAUGGAUCUUUCUCAAAUGGUCAUGUUAAAAGAUAAUCAUAUUGAUGCAUGUGGAGGUUCUAUUGCCAAUUGUGUGAAACGAGCAAAAAUGUUAUGUGGAUUAAAUACACAGAAAAUUGAAGUAGAAUGUCGAUCUUUGGAAGAUGCAAGACAAGCAGCCCUUGCUGGAGCAGAUGUGGUCAUGUUAGAUAAUUUCAAUGCUAUUCAAGCUCAAGAAGCAGCCAGUGUGUUGGUCAAAGAAUUUCCAAAUUUAGUUAUUGAAGUGAGUGGAGGAUUGAAUCCAGAAACCAUUUUAGAUUAUUUGAAACAUUGUGAACAUGUUCAUGUCUUGUCGAUGGGUAUCCUGACUGAGGGAGGUGGUGUAAAGGUUGAUUUCUCAAUGAAAAUCACAGAGAGACUGGAUUAA